AUGUCCAAAGCACCAACGGGUCUUCAAGACUCAAUCUGGGCCAUAAACGGACGCUCCCGCCUCGUAAACUCGGCUCCUUCAACGCGCUCAUCUUCACAGCCUGUACGCGCAUCCUCUCAACCUUCACGCCCCCCACCCUCCUCAGCCCCUCCAAGAAACCCGGUUUCGAUAACAACAUCGACUACGCGCUUGAACCCAACCCAGGCUUUUCACCGCUUCGAACAAGCCUGUCAGCGUUUACGGUGGAAGUACAUCGAUCUACAGACUUCGUACCACCGCGCGUUAAAUCCAGAGGAAUUUGGGUUCUUGGUCACAGACGCGGAGCGGAAUUUUAAAGUUGACUUUCAUGAGUUUUACGCAUGGAUCGAACAAGCGCUUGUUCUUCUCCUCAUGGUUUUCGGUAUAUCUGUCUCGCGCGGAAACUCAUACAAAACGGGAAAUCACACAUAUCACGAAAAUGUGCUCACGGAGCUGGAAAUGCCAGAUUGUCCCGUCCACGAGGCGCUAGGGAGAGGCGAAGUGAACCAAGCCCUUCGUAAGGCGAAAGAGCUUCGGAAUCGUUGGAAGGACGUUGCUGAGGGCAAGGAAACGCCGCCGCUGAAGAUGUAUGAUCUGACGUGGCUUGUUGGACAGAUCUUGGGAGGGUUGGAGAUUGGGUAUGGUAUUGCGUCAGGGAGGAUGCAGGAGGCGAUACAGAGACAGUGGGAUGAUGGAGAUGAACAUAUGAGCAUGGGAGAGGUUCAGGGGGAUGAUGAGUGGGAGUGGAUGGUUGAACCGAUGGAUUGGGAGGUUGCGUAG